AUGUACACGUUUUAUCACAUCGUCAGCUCCACGGGCUGCUGCCUGCUCAUGUCCCGAACCGUAACUGAAUCUGUGCCUUUCUUCAGAGUUCUCUGUGAUCACCUGCAGCCCGGCUCAGACUGUAACCAGCUGCUCGGAUACUCGGCAGUCUACAGGGUGUGCUUCGGGACAGCGUGCUUCUACCUGCUACUCUGCGUCACCCUGGUCAAUGUAAAAUCCAGUCGCGAUUUCCGGGCUCUCAUUCACAAUGGGUUCUGGUUUCUGAAGUUCCUGAUUCUUGUCGGCAUUUCUACUGCUGCCUUUUUCAUUCCGGACGAGUCAUUUCUCCACGUGUGGCGAUAUGUUGGCGUGGCCGGAGCUCUCCUCUUCAUCCUUGUACAACUCUCCCUCAUCACCGUCUUUGCGCAUUUCUGGAACAAGAACUGGAUGACGGGAGCGGCAGACCGGAAGGUGUGGAGUCUCGCUGUGUUUGUUGUCACCCUGCUCUUCUACGUCAUGGCAGUGAGCGCCUUCUCCCUGAUGUACAAGUUUUACACCCACCCAGCCGGCUGUGAGCUCAACAAGGCACUGCUGAUCCUGAACGUCAGCCUCUGCAUCGUGGUGUCCAUCCUCUCCAGCACCUCCUACAUACAGCACAAGCAGCCCCACACCGGCCUACUCCAGGCCUCCAUCAUCAGCUGCUAUGUCAUGUACUUGACCUUCUCCGCCCUCUCCAGCCGGCCUCCUGAGACAGUGGAAUACCAGGGACAGAAUAUCACCAUCUGCGUCCCAGUUGUUGGCCAGGACGGGGAACAGGCGGAGGGCAAGCUGAUCACCGUCGCUGGAGCUGCAGUCAUGUACUGCUGUGUGCUGUUUGCCUGUAACGAAGCUUCCUACCUGGCCAAGGUCUUUGGCCCCUCCUGGAUGCUGCGGGUUUACAGAUACGAGUUCAAGAGAGCUUCCUGUUCUUUCUGCUGCCUCGAUGAAGAGGAGCCCAGCCUCGAGGUGGAGAACAGAGGAGGGCAGGCAGUGAUCCACAAUGAACGUGAGCACGUCACCUACAGCUACUCCUCCUUCCACUUCGUCUUCUUCCUGGCCUCCCUCUACGUCAUGAUGACCCUCACCAACUGGUUCAAUUACGAGUCGGCCACCCUGGAAACGGUGUUUGCCCACGGCAGCUGGUCCACGUUCUGGGUGAAGAGCUGUUCGUGUUGGCUCUGCCUGCUCCUCUACUUGAUGUUGCUGCUCUGCCCGCCCUGCUGUGUGUCCAGUGAGAGGCGCCGAGUGGUCCAGGCCACCUAG